AUGGCGACGACCAAGAGCAUCCUCAUCUUCGGCGCGACCGGACUGAUCGGACAGCAUAUUACCAACGCGAUCCUAGCAAACAAGGACAAGUUUGACCGGAUUGCCAUCUUCACGUCACCCAACACGAUCUGGACCAAAUCCGACGAAAUCGAUCAUCUUAAAGCUGAAGGCGCAGAGAUCAUCGCUGGCGAGAUCACUUCUGCGGCCGCAGUGAACGAAGCAUACAACGGCAUCGACACGGUGGUCAGCUGUGUUGGGCGGCCAGUGAUUCACACUCAGCUUCAGUUGAUUGAGUUGGCGGAUAAGCAUCCGGAUGUGAAACGGUUCUUCCCCUCCGAGUACGGCACCGACAUCGAAUACUGGCCCAGCUCCGCCAACGAGGCACCGCACCAACAAAAGCUCAAAGUCAGAGCACUCCUCAAGACCGUCAAGCACUUGACGUACACAUACGUCGUCACAGGCCCUUAUGGCGAUGCCGACCAUGCGCUCUACUUGGGCGCCAAACCACCUGCAGACGAAGGCGAAGGGACUUUCGAUGUGAAACGCAAACGAGCGGUUCUCCUCGGCGACGGCAAAGGCAAGAUCUCUCUGACCACCAUGCGAGACGUCGGAAAACUCGUCGUGGCCGCUAUCCUACACCCGGAAGCUGUGGCGAAUAAAGCCAUUCAUGUGAAUUCCUUCACCUCGACGCCUGAGGAGAUUACAGCGGAGUUUGAGAGGCAGACGGGUGAGAAAUGGGAUGUGGGCUACACGAGUCUGGAGAAGCUGAAGCAGAUUGAGGCGGAGAAGGGAGGGAGUGUGACGUUGAGGAGGAUUUGGACUGAGGGUGGCACGCUGUACGAGAAGAGGGAUAAUCAUCUCGUGGGCCUCGAACAUGGCGUUGAUGAUUUGGCGGCGGCGGUGAAGCAGGCGAUAGAGGUUCAGCGGAAAGAGUCAUAG